UUGAACUUCUGUCCUGUGUUUCAUCCUGGAGUGGAUCGUGCGCCUGUGAAGUGGCUUUGCCCUAGAUCGACAUCUUUAGUUCAAGCCAUCAUCACCCCGUUGAGUCUUUUCAACCGGCCAGCGAUAUUAGCACUCCGAGGUUUCUUCUGGGGUCUGGCGGAUUUACUCAUUCUUUCUUUCAAUCCUUCCCCUGUCCACUCAAUCAUGGGGUACUGGUAGGCCUUUCCCCGGACGACGUUUGUCUUCACAUGAACAGACUGCCAAAGUGAAUCCUCCGGGCAAUGUCCCACCAUGUUGUCGACCAAUUCCGUGGAUGAAAAGACCCAAGGGUUGGUCUCCAAAGACGACUCGAAAUACGUCCCCGAGAACAGGAGGACCCAGAGCUUCCGACGGCAUUGUGCUCGAUUCUGGUGGUGCUACCUUUUCUCCUCGAUUAUCUUCCUGGCCAUCUUCCUCCCUAUCCUCUUCUUGGUCAUUACUCCCGCCAUCGCUCGGCUGGUGGUCAAUAAGUCUACCCUUUUACUCGUCGAGGCAACCGUUCUCGAACCGCGCGCCGAUUCUAUCUUGCUCGCCAUCACGUCCAAACUGAGCCUCCCGAUUGCGGUACCAGUGCGCAUCGAUCCCAUAACCCUAGAAUUGUUCAACCGAGACCUCCCAGGGAACAACACCUUCGCCAAAGUCAGCAUCAACAGCGCCGCCAUCAAGGGGGAGACCACGUUAAGGGUCCAGGGCCAACACACGCCCCUAAAUGCAGAGCAGUGGGCUCACUAUGUGCACCAAGCAGUGUUCCAGCCGCACGCUCCGUUGUCCGUGCGAGGUUCCACGAACGCUUACCUAGGCAAACUGAAAUCCCAUGUCACCAUCAACAAAGAUAUUCCCCAAAACACUCUCAACUCCUUUGCCGGCUUCUCCAUUGAGAACCCCAAGCUGCUUAUUCCUGCAAGGGAGGAUGGCGUGAACCUAAUCGCCAAUGCGACCCUCCCAAAUCCGUCCGUCAUGAACUUGCAAAUUGGAACCACCGUUUUUGAUCUUAAGAGCAGCGAAUACCUCCUCGGGAACGUCACCAUCGACAAUCUCUACCUGAAACCAGGCAACCACUCGAACCCCAUGACUGGUAUUCUCGAUAUCCACUUCCUUAUUGAGCACCUCACGGGUAUCCUCGGCACUCAAGCAGACUCCCUAAAGGAAGGGCACCUCACUUUCCAGGCCGUCGGCCGGUCUGUGACCUGGGCCGGAGCGGAGGUUCCCUACUACACGGAUGCUAUAAAGGCUCUCACCCUCCAAGCACAAGUGCCGCUGGGUUCGCUCAUCAUCAAUACGCUCCGGGAAAUCAUGGCGCCCAACGGAACGAGUAUAUUUCACAACCUGACCGAUCCUAGCGGACCAACGAACAUCCAGGACAUUCUCGACUCGCUUGACGAGCCGGACGGAAGUCUGUAA